CCGGCGAUCCAGGGGGGAUGGAUGGCCAGAGCGGGUUGGAACGCCCCUGUCGUCGUCGACGGGGGCCCCGAGCGCCAGUCGACGGGAUCAAUGCACGCUGCUGCUGCCCUCUCUAGGUCUGGCAGGAUAAGGCAACCAACGACGGAUUUAGGCCCUGUCUGCGGCUGGCCCGCCCGGCUCUGCUCCCCCCAGCAGUGCCCGUCUGGUGUUCGAACAAAUGCCUCAGCGGCCAGCGGGGCGCCGGCAGCGGAGCUGACCGUACUAGCGACUGCACCAGUGCUGUUAGCUAGCUAGCUACCGCGGCCAGUACCUAACAACGGCACGGCAGUUAAUGGCCGGAGAAGAGCCAAGUCACGAGCGGCGAUGGGCGCUCCACGGAACAGUGGCUGCACGCCGGAGCUAAAACGUCAAAAGACGGAGACGCUCGAGGCGCCGAGGAGGUCGGACUCGGAGGUGACUUCGCCGGAGCCAAGUGGACGACGGUAGGACGUUCCUGUCAAGGUGGCUUCUGAACGCCGGUGUGAACCCACGGUGUGUGUGGUGGUCGUGUGCCAGUCAGCGGUCAACACACCCUCUCCGCUUACCAUCGCCGUCCACAGAUUCCAUUUCACUGCCUCCUGGUACCAGAGCUCGGCUAUCUUUGAAGCACACAAGGUGUCCCUCACUAGUCUGAGCAGCAGCCGUCGCUCUAGAUACAAGCUCAAAGCCGCAACCUCAGCUAGGCUGACGGGGCAGCCAUUCCGUGUGAGCAACUGAGCAUUGCGAAGCUUCCCCAUUCUAGUUAAUCUUACCAGUUACCCUGAUCUGGGUACAAGCUCAGAGCUCAUGCCAUGAUUGAGGGCGGCUCACACAUGCAGCCUCAGCCGGGGAACGCUCACACGGCGAACAGCGAGCAGCCCGAGCCGGCCACCACGCCGAUGAACGGCAUGGCUGCUUCGGGGCCAGGCAAUGGCCAGAUGGCAGAUGAAGCAGCCGCCAGCGGAGCGACGGAGGAUAUCGAGGCGGCCGGCAACAACAAUGGGCAAGGUCCGCCCAACAGGUCAUCCAGCAUCAAGGAUGAUUUCGAGUUCUUGUGGAGGCUGCGGAAGUAUUUGCUACUUCUGGCGGUGUUGGCCGUUGGUGUCACCUACAAUGCUGGGUUGAGCCCGCCGGGGGGAUUUCAGAUGGACAGACUUGACCGCCAUGCCGGCGAUCCUCUCCUCCCACUUAAAUUCUUCCGGCGAUACGAAGCCUUCUUUUACUGCAACGCCACAGCCUUUGCUGCUUCUCUAGUCUUGAUCAUCUUGCUUCUGAGUAGGGGAGUGGCGAGCAAGCAUGUCUGGCUUCGCUCGAUGCAGUUUACCAUGAUCCUGGAUCUUUUCAGUCUCAUGGGGGCAUAUGCCGCGGGGAGUUGCAGAGUACUAAGGUCUUCCAUUUACAUAUUGGUGCUGGUCUGUUCUGUUUUCGCCUAUGUUGCGGUUCAUAUCCUGUUGUUCAUGAGGGUAGUUCCACAGCCGUUAAAAGAUCAGGUGCAGAAAACCCGGGAUAUCAUUCUGAAGAAGCUGAAACGCAUGCUAAAAAAGGUGCCAUCUAUUUGCCCUGUCUCUGAUCCUGACGGGCAAAGGAGCAACCGAGAUUACGCAAGGGAGAUCGAGGAGGCUCGCAAGUUCAUAUUGAUGCUUGCAACCUUUGCUGCUACUAUCACAUACCAAGCUGGGAUAAGUCCACCUGGUGGCUUUUGGGGUGCAAAUAAUCCUGAACACCGUGCAGCUACUUUUGUUCUCCGCAAGCACAAUCUCCUCCGCUUCAAUAUUUUCAUGUGUUGCAAUGCGACCUCUUUUGUGGCGUCUUUGGUCACAGUCAUACUGCUUCUGAGCACGGAACUGAGCACGCAUGGGAUAAGGACUCAAGCGCUGUCUGUGUGCGUCGUGGCUGAUCUGCUGGGGCUCAUUGGUGCUUAUGCUUCAGGGAGCUGCAGGGAUGUUGCAACAUCGUUGUCAGUGAUACUCAUAAUUGCUGUGGUUCUUAUCUGUGUUCUGAUUCUUGUCAUUUGCCUUCAUUGCAAAGCUGUAACGGUGUGGGUGGAUGGGGCGCUGAAGCCAGCACUUGACAAAAUGCUGAGUGCGCUGUCAUUGGGGCAAGAUGAUUCUCCAAGAGCUCACCAGCAAUGUACAUAUUGUCAGAGAAUGCACCAUCAAGAUACAGAGCUUGUUUCUCAGAGAACUCACCAGCAAGAUACAGAUCUUGAUUCUCAGAGGAUUCACCAACAAGAUACAGAGCUUGACUCUCAGAGAGCUCAGCAGCAAGAUGCAGAACUUGAUUCUCAGAGGAUUCGCGAGCAAGAUACAGAGCUUGAUUCUCUGACAACUCAUCAGCAAGCUACAGAGCAUGUAGUUCGAGAUACAGAAGCAGAAGGUGUCAUGUCGAAUUUGCAGUGCUACUCUGCUGACAGAAAUCUUGUAUCAACUGGAGAUGUGAGAUCUGUAUCAACCAGUGAUUUGGAUAGCAUGGAGGACAUCAUGCCAACAACACUACGUCAAUCUCAUGACCAGAGUGAACAUGCUGCAAUUAAAGUUGUAUGCUCAUCAUCAACAGAUGCCCUAACUACCGAGGAAGUUCCAUCCGACAACUUGGAAAUACAACCUGCUAGCGGUCAGCAGGUUGCAAUCCCCAUGGCACUAUCAUCAAGUGACGGUGGAAAUUCUGUCCAAGGUAUUUUACCGUUGCAGGGCUCGGUGGACGAAGAUGCAACAUCUGGUAACCUGAGGAUAGAUGCUGAUGAUCCGGCAAUGGGAUGUGAAUUACCCGACAACCAUGGGGACAGCACAGAACAGCAUGCUCAGCAAAUGUCCAAUAACCCUACUAGUGCAGAUGAUCGUGAUGUUAGAUUAGAGAUCGACAACACUGCCAAUGAUCAAGCCCCACAGCAUCAGAGAUGUAUUAAAUGCAGCUGUAGAAAUCCAGAUGAUGCUUUUCUGAAGAAGUCACGCACUUACCUAUUGCUUCUUGCAAUUCUUGCCGUGUCUUUGACAUAUCAAGCUGGUUUAAAUCCACCAGGUGGCUUCUGGACAUCAAAUGCCACAAAGCACUCUGCUGGUGAUCCCAUUCUUGGGGACAGUGGUCGCGUCUGGACAUCAAGUGGCACUAAGCACUCUGCUGGUGAUCCCAUUCUUGAGGACAAUUAUCAUAAGAGAUACCUUGCCUUCUUUUAUUUCAAUGCCACUGCAUUUGCAGCCUCCCUUGUCAUGAUCCUUAUGCUCCUGAGCAGGAAGAUGAGCAACAAGGUUAUAAAACGCCGGGCACUGCAGACAGCAAUGAUAACCGAUUUGCUUGCUCUAAUGGGGGCCUUUGUUGUUGGGAGUUGCAGGGAGAAGACAAAAUCUAUUUACAUAUCAGUGUCGAUAUUUAUCGUGGUUGCAUAUGUUCCUCUCCAUGUUUUUGUAUUUAGGCAUAAUGGAUGGUUGAAAGUGUGUGUUACCCAGAGGAUGAAGUUUGCACCACCUCAGACAGAUAAUGAGUCAAGAGAUGCUAAGGAGAAGGACUUGGCGCGGAGGCGGAAUUUGCUCUUUAUUCUUGCAAUUCUGGCGGCAACUGUCACGUACCAAGCUGGCCUGAACCCUCCAGGAGGCAUUUGGCCUGAUGAGAACAGUAAGGGUGGCAAACCAGGCAAUCCAGUUCUUCAAGACAGCCACCCAGAGCGCUAUAAUGUUUUCUACUACUCGAACGCCGUCUCAUUUGCGUCAUCUGUGGCUGUCAUCAUUCUUCUUGUUAACAGGGAAUCAUGUGAGGAUGGAAUCAAGUCGUACGCAAUUCGUGUGUGCUUGGUAGCAGGUUUGCUGGGCCUCCUGAUUGCUUAUUCUGCAGGAACCUGCAGGAAAGCGAGACCGGUAAUAUAUCUUAUUGUCAUAGCCUCUGCAGCUCUAACAUGCCUUGUGAUUCAAGUACUUGUACUACAAGAUGCAUUAGAUGGGCCACUGACCUGGUUAAGGGGUCGGUUGCGGGAGAUUCUUCAUCUAGAGCCUGACUCUGAGACACCGCUGGAAAGUUCAGAUGAAGAAAACAAGGAACGUAAUGCUCAGGGGUCAGGCCCCCUUAUCAGUGAGAAGAAGGAAAAGAAGAGACAGAAGUACUUGAUGCUUCUUUCGGUUCUUGCUGCAUCCAUUGCGUACCAAGCCGGUCUAAACCCGCCUGGUGGCUUCUGGCCUGAUGACACUCCCAAAAAUGGUUACAAGGCUGGCAACCCGGUACUUAAGGACAUAAACUCCUGGCGCUACAUGGUAUUCUAUGUCUUCAAUUCCAUCUCUUUCAUGUCAUCUAUUGCUGUAGUCAUGCUUCUGCUGAGUAAAUCUGUGAGACAGAAGAAGGUUCCGCUCCAAGCAUUGCACUUCAUCAUGAUACUGGACCUGUUGGCUCUGAUGACAGCUUAUGCAGCUGGAAGUUGCAGAAAGUUCAGGACUUCAAUAUUCAUCCUCGUGGUAGUAUGUUGUGUGCUGGUGUACCUUCUGUUUAUUAUUAUCUUGUCAAGUCGCAUAGCAAGAUGGCUGAAAAAACAGAAAAACAAGGUGGCUUCCUUGCUGCUGGAGCCUAGCCAUGCUGCUGCAACUUCAGCAUGAUACCGAACCUGAACGGAAUGUUUGAAUAUCUUUCUUCUCCCCAUUGUAAUAUGUUCAUUGUAGUUCAAAUGGAACCCAUGAAUUCUCA